UAACUUUUUUAUUUUUUGUCCACCACCAUUGUGUGAGGGCUUUUCUUUUGCGGCACGAGCUGUACUUUAUAUGGUACAAUUUUUGCAAUACAUGCUACGUUUCGAUCUUUUUUUUAUUCCAGAUUUUGGAUAAAAAUUUGCGAUUCUUGCAGCGUUCACCAUACCGGAUAAAUAACAUUAUUCACUUUUUGAACGUGGCAAUGCCUAGAAUGUAUAGGUUUUGGGUUUUUUCUUGGUGAUAAUAUAGGACUUUAUUGGGAAAAAGUAAUUUUUUUUUUCACUUUAUUUAUUGAUAAACUUUUUAUUUUUAAACUUUUCCGUUAUACUGUACUAUGCUUUCAGUAUUGGUGCGUUCACACUGAGGAUUUCCAGAGGAAUCACCGGCCAAGGCGGGACAUCGCUAAGGCCGGUGAUAGGCUGAAGCUCCGUGUGGCGUGCCGGGCUAACAGGAAGUAAGAAGAAUACAGCCUGGGGACCGAACACCUGUAUCGGAGUAUACCGGAGCUCCGGGGGCUCGUUGGCAGCUCUUCCAUUCCUCCUGUGUCAGAAAACCAAAGUAAAUAAUAAUGAAGGAAGAAAUUGCAGCCACAGUUGUCUUUAUCACUAUGCUAGUGAAGAAGCACAGGAAGCUGAGUAAGCUGAAAAUAGAAAGGUUUGCUGCUAAAUUGACAACCAUACUAUUUGCAAGGUAUAAAACACAUUGGUAUGCAGAAAAUCCAUCAAAAGGACAAGCUUUUAGAUGUAUAAGAAUUAAUAAGUGUCAGUCAGUUGACUCUGUCUUGGAGCAGGCCUGUGCAGAAAGUGAUAUAGAAUUUGAGGACCUUGGACUGCCAAAGGAAAUGACCAUAUGGGUGGACCCAUUUGAAGUGUGCUGCAGAUAUGGUGAGAAAAAUAGCCCAUUCACAAUUGCAAGCUUUAUGGGUAAGGACAACUGUAAUGUGUCUAAAAGAAUAAGCACAGCUGUAGAGAAGGCCACUUCUGACUAUCACUCUGGGACAUCAUCAGAUGAAGACACUAAUUCUAUAAAGGAACCAAAGACCAUCCCUACUGUGAGCAAUCCCAACAGUAUCUACCAGGUACAUAUGAAGUGUACAGAUUACAGCCAACCUACACAAACCUGGUCCCAAUUUCCUCGGCGAAAGAACUACCCAAAUGAUGGGUAUCAACAGCAACAGCCUGUGGGCUACUAUCCUCAGCGCACAGCUUACAAACCUUACAGACCAGCUGCUACAUUUUCAGGUCCUCGCAUUGACCGCUAUCACUGGGUAAACAUAAGACGGUGACUAAGUUAUUUUAGAAAAAAUCCUCUGCACAUUUUUUUUAUACAAUGUUUUUAUGAAAAAUAACUAUUUAUAUUUUACAUGUGUGUCUUGUGAUGUUACUAUACGCUGACAUAUUUGUUUUUAAAAAAAUGAAUAAAUUAAGCAAUUUUUAAAUGUG